AUGGAAGAUCAGGACAGAGGUCACCCCUUUUUGGGGAUAGUGGCUGGCGGUGCCACAGACUACGAAGGAGCUCUGCCCUCAGACACAGUGUCGCUCAGCGAUUCUGAUUCCGAUGAUUUGGGGUUAGCGGAUGAAGCGGAAGUUGAUACAAUAUCUCCUGAGGAGCCAUCUGUAGAUGAUGGGGAUUACAGAUCAGCGGAGACCCCCGAAUCUUCGAACAGCAGUCAGAGAGCUCCUCCUGUCCAGCCGUUCCAUCUGAGGGGCAUGAGUUCUACCUUCUCUCUCCGCAGCCAGAGCAUUUUUGAUUGCCUGGAAGAGGCGGCCAAGUUGUCUGUGCCCUCAAUGCCUGAGGAUAAUAUUGUUGAUGGGAGGUUUAAGCGUCCAUUGCCUCCAGCCACAGUUUCAAGUAAUGUGGUUCCAGAAAGCCUGGGAAAGCAAGUCAAACCAGUGCAGGCUCCCAAAACCUCUCCUGCAGUGCCGGACUAUGUGGCACACCCAGAGCGCUGGACCAAAUACAGCCUGGAGGGAGUUUCAGAAUCUACUGACAAGACUAACAGGGCAGUGGCCAUGGAGUUUCUAGAGGGUUUGAAGAAAAGAGGGGAAGAACAAAGCUCAGCUUCCCAAGAUAACUACAUCCCAUACUUCAACCAGGACCCUUCCAGCUGUGGAGCUGGGAGAAUUGUGUUCUCCAAACCAAUAAAAAGAGGUGUUGAUGAACUGGAAAAGAAAACAUCAGCAGGGGAGGAUGGUAAGAAACACAUGAAAGCAGAGCUGAAAGGAAAACCUCUUAAGAAGGCUGAUGACUUGAGGGAGGAAGAUAAGGUCGAGCUGGGACAUUUAGAUAGUGGAAUUGGAAAGACAACGGAGGAGGAGGAGUGCAUGAUGGCAGGGGACUUGAAUACAGAAGGUGAGCUGAGUGCAAGGUUUAGUGGUGCAGGUGAAGAGCCAUCCGUGGAAACAGUUGGAUUCCAUUGCAGUAAGAAGAAGAAUAGGAAAAAUUUCCGCCCUAAAGUAGACGAUGAAGGGGAGGAGGAAGAGUCCUGA